UACCGAGAGGAUUAUGCUCAUGCAGAUUAUGUCAUGGCUGUCAAUGCUAAAGAAGCUGUGUAUAAUCCUGUCAUCGCUUUCUUUAGGCUUCAAUGAUUACCUUAAUUUUGAUACGCAUCAAUAAAUUUUCUAUCAGUGCCAAAGAAGUUGCAGCAAGAACAAAACUCUACUCUGACAAUGAACAAAAUGGUAUAUGCAAAUUAAUGGUCGAUACACAGGGCUAUUUGUGUGAGGAGCACAAAGUGACAACAGAAGAUGGUUAUGUUCUUAGUAUGCAGAGGAUCCCGAAAGGAAGGUCUGGGGAAACAGCAGACAGGCCACCAGUUCUUCUACAACAUGGGUUGCUCAUGGAUGGAAUAUCAUGGCUUUUGAAUUCUCCAAAUGAGUCUUUAGCUUUUAUCUUGGCUGAUAAUGGAUAUGAUGUUUGGAUAGGAAACACAAGGGGAACCAAUUACAGCCGUGGACAUACAUCACUUACUCCUGAUGAUUCGACCUACUGGGAUUGGUCGUGGGACGAAUUAGCAGCAUAUGACCUUCCAGCCACAUUCCAGUAUGUUCAUGAACAAUCAGGGCAAAAGUUGCACUAUGUUGGGCAUUCCUUGGGAACCUUGACUGCUUUUGCUUCUUUUUCCCAAGACAAAAUGUUGAAUAUGUUACGUUCAGCUGCUUUGCUGAGUCCAAUUGCUUAUUUGGGCCAAAUGUCUUCAUUUCUUGCAAGAAGUGCUGCUGAUAUAUUUCUAGCAGAAGAAUUGGAGUGGCUGGGUCUGAAUGAGUUUAACCCCAGAGGGGAAGCUGUAGUCGGACUUCUAGAAGUAAUAUGCCAGAAUCCAAAUAAUAACUGCAGCGACUUGAUGACUUCUUUUACAGGCAAGAAUUGCUGUGUGAACUCCUCCGCCACAGAUAUCUUUCUGCAACACGAGCCUCAGCCAACAGCAACAAAGAACAUGAUUCAUCUAGCUCAGAUGAUCAGAGGAGGGAAGAUAGCAAUGUAUGAUUACGGAAGCACAGAAGAGAACAACAAGCACUAUAAUCAGCCAACUCCUCCUGAAUACAAAAUGGCAAGCAUUCCAGCUAAUGUCCCUCUUUUCCUCAGUAAUGGAGGCCAAGACUUGCUCUCUGAUGUCAAGGAUGUGCAGACUCUGCUGGACAGUCUAGAUGAUCAUGAUCGCGACAAACUAGUAGUCCAGUUCACAGCAGACUAUGCACAUGCUGACUAUGUUUUUGCUGUGAAUGCAAAGCAAGUUGUUUAUGAUCCUCUCAUGGCCUUUUUCAAACUUCAUUAACACAUUCACUGCAUAGAAAUGUGAAUUGACUUGGAAUAUCAUACAUUUUCACCACUCCAUUUAUAUAGAAUAUAAAAAAUCUGGAAAUAUAAAAUCUCUUGUACU